AUGAACGGUCACUCUGACGGGACCAAUGGGUCUACGAAUCACUUUGGUCAAGAAGACGUGGCCACCAGCACUGGAAACACUCCCAUGAACCGGGAAAAUGGGUUCAAUAGCCUCGACACAAAUGGUCACAGUGUGAUCAACGGUGGUUCGACACCAAUGACAAACGGAACAGGAAAUCAUCACAAGCCCUUCCAGCCUAUUGCCAUCUGCGGCAUGGCAUGUCGACUUCCCGAAGGCAUCCACUCACCCUCGGAGCUGUGGUCCUUCCUCCACGCUGGACACGACGCUCGCGGUCCCGUGCCUUCCUCGCGCUACAACAUCUCCUCCUUCCAUUCACCACACAAAAAGCCCGGGAGCGUCAUUGCUCAGCAGGGGUACUUUCUUGAUUCUACUAACGACCUCGCCGCGCUGGACACGUCGUUCUUCUCCAUGCCGCGCCGCGAAGUUGAGACUCUUGACCCCCAGCAGCGCUUGCUUCUCGAGGUCGCCCGCGAGGCCAUUGAUGACUCCGGCGAGACAGACUGGAAGGGUUCCAACAUUGGCGUGUACGUCGGCAGCUACGGCCAGGACUGGUACGACAUCUCGGUGCGUGACACGGAGGCCCAUGGUAUCUACCAAGUCCUCGGCCAAAACGACUUCAUGGUCUCGAAUCGCCUCUCCCACGAGCUCGACUUGCACGGCCCCAGUGUGACGCUGCGGACAGCUUGCUCCGCUUCUCUGAUCGGCGUCAAUGAGGCAUGCAUGUCCAUUGCGCGCGGCGACUGCACAUCCGCCAUCGUUGGCGGCACUAACAUCAUCAUGGCCCCGGCAUCUACCGCUGCCAAGUCGGAGCAAGGCGUUCUCAGCCCCGAUGGCUCAUGCAACACAUUUUCAGCCAACGCAAACGGCUACGCGCGCGGUGAGGGUAUCGUCGCUAUAUACCUCAAGCACCUUGCGGACGCGAUUAGGGACGGCAACCCCGUUCGCGCAGUCGUGACCGGCUCGGCAGCCAACCACAACGGUCACACACCAACAGUUUCACAACCCAGCUCUCAGGCGCAAGAAGCGCUGAUCAGGCAAGCAUACCGGAAUGCUGGCAUCGCAGAAAUUGCUCGAACGGGCUUCUUCGAGUGCCAUGGCACGGGGACAAGAACUGGUGACCCCAUUGAAGCGGCGGCCGUGUCUGCCUGCUUCGGCAAAGCGGGCGUGCACAUUGGCUCAGUCAAGGCGAAUCUCGGUCACGCAGAGGGCGCGGCGGGCCUCGUGAGCGUUCUAAAGGCCGUCCUUGCUUUGGAGAACCGUACAAUUCCCCCAAACAUCAAAUAUCUUCCACGCAACCCUGCAAUCCCAUUCGAGGAAGCGAAUCUCUUUAUUCCAACACCAUGGCCUGAAGAUCGUGAUGAGCGGGUAAGCAUUAAUAGCUUCGGUCUUGGAGGUUCCAAUGCCCAUGCUAUCAUCGAGUCAGCGGCCAGCUUCAAUGGGACACGCAAGUUCAGGAGAGCAGACACCACAUUUAUUGCUAUUCUCUGCGAAUACCCCGGCAUCCCUCAAGGCCAUGGGCGAGAACCGGGAGACUUCCCUGGUGAUGGUCUUCACUGGCCAGGGCCACAAUGGGCACGCAUGGGCUACGAGCUCCUCCGCUCCAAGACCAAUCCGGUCUUCAGCAACACCAUUGCAUCCCUCGACAAGACUCUUCAAGAGCUAGGCCCGCUAGCUCCGUCAUGGACCAUCGACGGAGAGCUCCGCAAACCUGCACGGAAGAGUCGUGUUGAUGAAGCCGAGUACUCUCAGCCUUUAUGCACAGCCCUGCAGAUUGCCUUAGUGGACACUUACGCUUCGAUUGGGAUCCGCCCGGCCGCGGUGCUUGGCCACUCCAGCGGCGAGAUUGCCGCCGUAUACGCCGCUGGCGGCCUCAGCGCCCGCGAGGGCUAUCAUUGUGGCUUUUCUGCGUGGGCUAGCAACUACGCGGCAGGGUUGCAAGGGCGCCAUGGGAGCUUUGGGUAUGAGUUGGGAGGCUGCCAAGAAGCAUCUCGUGCCUGGCGUCCAUUGGAAGAGAUAAUCAAGAGCAUCAAGCAGUCUGACUCUAGGGUCCUGGCGACCGUGUUCAAAGUUGAAAAGGCUUACCACUCGCCACAUAUGGCAGAAAUCGGGGCUCAAUACAAUGUGAGCAUGACCGACGCCGGCGUCGUGGGCAACGCGCACACUAUUCCAUUCUUCUCAAGCAUUUCAGGCCAAUACUUAGCCCCUGCCGCGAAGAGCAGAUUUGGACCCAAAUACUGGCAGACCAACUUGGAAUGCCCUGUGUUGUUCACAUCAGCCGUAAGCUCCACUAUUAAACAGCACGUUGGCCCCUCCAAGCAGGUUUUCCUUGAAGUUGGUCCCCAUGCAGCUAUGGCCGGGCCUCUUCGUCAGAUUCUUACCCAAAGCUCCAGCAGCGCAUCGUACAUUUCGACUUUAACCCGACGAACUGACAGUGCCGAAAGUUGGCUUUCGGCUCUUGGCCAACUCUUUGCUCAGCAUGUAUCCUUCAAUCUUCAGGCUUUGAUGCCCACUGGAAACGCCCUUUCAGAUUUGCCCCCUUACCCGUGGGAUCAUCAUCGCAGUCAUUGGAGCGAAUCACGCAUCGCUCAUGAGUGGCGCAUGCGCAAAUACCCACACCAUGACCUGUUGGGUGCAAAGGUCCCUGAAACCACAGACCUCGAGCCUGUGUGGCGGAACUUGCUGCACAUUGAGAAUGCUCCAUGGAUACGUGACCAUAAGAUCAACGCGGAUAUCAUAUUCCCCUUCGCCGGGUACAUCGCCAUGGCGGCUGAGGCUAUCCAUCAGAUCACGGGCAUCGAAGAAGCGGUUGAGUUUCGAAAUAUUGCCGUGCGCACCGCCUUAGUUAUCAACGAGAGUUCACCGAAAGAGGUUGUGACAACUUUCCAUCGGCUCCGUCUAGCAGAUUCGCUGGACAGCGAAUGGUGGGAGUUCAGCAUCGCAUCACACAACGGACACACGUGGACAAAACACUGCUCCGGCGAGAUUCAGGCUCGGGACGAAACAGUCGCCAUGCGAAAUCGCGUUGGCGAGCAGGAGGACCUGCCGCGUAAAGCUUCCAGCAAGCGUUGGUACGAUACCAUGCGCAGCGAGGGCCUCGACUAUGGCUACCAUUUUGAGAGUCUUGGAAAUAUCACAACGACAACGACCGGCGCACGAGUCGCUCGCGCACAAGUCCGCAACAAUUGGCAUGGAGACGAGCAAUCCUACCACCUUCACCCUGUCAUAUUAGAUUCCUACUUCCAACUUCUCAGUAUUGCGGCUCGGUACGGACUCACGUAUGACUACCAUCAAGUCAUUCCCGCCAGCGUGGGCUCGUUAAUUCUUCGCCGCUGCUCUGUCAACAAUCUUGUGGUGUCAGCGAUAGCUGUGCCUACUGGUAGCGGGGUCUGCGGAACAGGGACGGUUGCAGCUGGUGAUGAAAACAUCAUCGAGCUCUCGAAAGUUCGGCUGACAUCUUUUACAAAUGGUGGCGUAGAAGAACGCGCGCCCAUUACCGCGCGGAGUGAGUGGGUGCCACAUAUUGAGACUGAAGCUCUUAGUACUCUUGUGGAGCCGACGCGAGUGAAUCAAGUCUACGCUGCAACGUUGGAUGAGCUUGUCAGUCGCUCAAUUUCUGCGUCUCGGAGAUCGACUGCCGGUCUAGAUAUCAUUCCAGAACUUCGACGAUAUAAGGCAUGGCUUGAUGAGACCCCGUGUUGUUCAGAAGAAUUGGACGAUGCCAUAUUGAAUGCUCGUAUCGAAACUCUCGCAAGAUCUCUGGAGUCAACAUCCGUUGCCCACAUUGCCAAAGCCAUCACUUUAGUCACAGAUAAUGCAUCUGCUUUACUUUCCGGUCGAAAGAAGGCUUUUGAACUCUUGGAUACAGAAAACACAAUUGGCAAAUUCAUUCGCUUCUUAGAGGAAUUUGAUGGAUCCGCAUUUUUCAAUUGCCUUGGCCACCAGAAGCCCAACCUCCGAGUUCUCGAGCUGGGCGCAGGCAUUGGCUCGGCCACAGCUGGCAUUGUUGAGGAUCUGACACGGCCUGACGGCCAGGUGCUUUUCUCGCACUACGUUGUGUCCGAUCCAUCUCCAGGCAUUAUUGAAGCCCUCAAGACGCGCUUCCAAGGCCUUCCCAAUAUGAGUUUUGAAGCAUUUGACAUCGGGAUUGAUGUCGAACCCCAGGGCUUUGAUGAGAGAGACUUCGAUCUUAUCAUUGCGGCAGGAGUUCUUCACAGUACGCCCAAGCUUUCAGAGUCCCUCACCCGGGUUCGUCAGCUUCUCGCCCCAUCAGGAAGGCUUCUGCUGCGGUCCUUGCGGCCCGGUCUAUCGUGGUCCAAGUAUGUCCUUGGACUUCUUCCCAAUUCGGAGGUUGGGGUCGGUAACGGCAGAUCCGGCGAGCCGUACGUCGAUGUAAAGACUUGGCAAACGAGGUUGGCCACGGCAGGUUUCGAAACUACUGGCGAGCUUGCGUUCGAUUCUGACCGGUCAAGUCAUAUAAGCCAUGUUAUUGUAGGGAGACCCCGGCGCGACCACCUUCUGGCGAAGAAGGCCACCAUUCUUUCCGAAUUUUCAGCUGGAUCCUCCAGGUCUGAUCCCAUUACUAAAGAAUUGCUCGCACGCGGAUAUGAAAUUUCUUAUUGCAGCCCCGCAGAGAUUCCCCCGCCCGGUCAAGACAUAAUCGCCCUCCUCGAUGGGCAAACAUCGUUCCUGGAGCAGCUAGAUACCACGAAACUUGAGCAGCUGAGAACUUUCAUUAACAACAUCGCUGAUUCUGGCAUUUUGUGGAUAACGCAGCCAUCUCAGAGUCAAUGCGCAGACCCAAGCUUCGCCCAAAUGCACGGUCUGGCUCGGUGUAUCCGCUCAGAGCUGGGCAUUGCUUUUGCAACUUGUGAGGCAGAUGACAUGGAGACCCCGCGAGGAUGUCGAUCGGUUGCCUGCGUGUUUCAAAAUUUCUCAGAAAGAGUCAAUGACGGAGAGAUUGAGCCCGAUUUCGAAUAUGUUAUUGAGAAUGGUGUGACGCGAGUCAAUAGAUUCUUCCCAGUCUCCUCUGCAAGCGAGGUUGCAGUCGGUCAGGCGACCAAUGAUGCGCGGCUUAUUAUCAGCCAGCCGGGACGUCUUGACACCCUUCACUGGAAAGGUGAGACUGUGAAAGCACCCCAAGGGGAUGAGGUGCAAGUAGAGAUCCACGCCGCGGGUUUGAACUUCCGCGUAAGAUGUCUGGUGGCAAUGGCAAUUAUCGAGUUGUCCCCUCCUACCUUUGGCUACGAGGCUACGGGAAUCGUGCGUCGCGUCGGACCGAAGGCAGGAAAGCUCAUUGUUGGAGACAGAGUUGCCCUCGUAGGAUUCGAUGUCUUUGCGUCGACCGUCAGGACCACCGAAAAGCUUUGCGAGAGGCUCCCGGACGAACUCGACUUCACCAGCGGAGCUUCCAUGCCGCUGGUCUUUGCUACCGCCAUUUACUCUCUCAUCAACGUCGGGGGGCUUCAUAAAGGCCAGUCUGUUCUCAUCCAUAGCGGCUGUGGUGGCGUGGGCCUAGCUGCAAUUCAACUGGCUCGGAUGAUUGGCGCCGAAGUCUAUACGACGGUCAGCAGUGAGAAAAAGAUCGACUUCCUUGUACAGGUGUUUGGUAUCUCGAAAGAUCACAUUUUCAACUCGCGGGGUGUGAGCUUCCAAGAAGAUUUGCUAAGACAAACCAAUGGUAGAGGGGUUGACCUGGCGCUCAACUCGCUCUCGGGUGAGUUACUACAUGCAACUUGGCGCUGCAUUGCCAAAUGGGGAACUUUGGUAGAGAUUGGCAAGCGUGACCUUCUCGGCGGUGGCAAACUGGACAUGGAAUUGUUCCUUGCCAAUCGUAGCUAUCGAUGUGUAGACAUUGACCAGAUGUGCAAGGAGAGGCCCGAGAUGAUCAGCCGCUUACUUCGAUCCAUGAUGGACUUCUUCCGCGGUGGGUAUAUUCAAGCCAUCUCGGUCGACAAGAUCUUUCCUUGCUCCAAAAUACAAGAAUCAUUCCAGCACAUGCAGCAGGGCAGCCACAUUGGGAAGAUUGUGCUUCAAUUCCGCGAACCGACAUCUGCGGAACUUCAGCUUGGACAGGUUCAGCCUGUCAAAGUGUCUACUACAGCCGUGCUUGAUAGCUCAGCUUCAUAUCUGCUCGUGGGCGGUCUUGGAGGUUUGGGUCGGUCCGUAGCGGUGUGGAUGGUCCAGCACGGAGCCCGAAACCUCACAUUCCUCUCCCGCAGCGCUGGGACAACAGAAGGACACAAGCUCUUUGUCCAAGAGAUCCAGAGCAUGGGCUGUGAGGUGCAUCUAGUACGCGGAAGUGUCACUAUUGUGGCAGACAUGACACGCGCUGUUGCGGAGUCGCCUCGCCCACUCAAGGGAAUACUCCAGAUGACAAUGGUGCUUCAUGACCAAGCCUGGCAGAAGAUGACAAUUGACGAGUGGAACGAAACGACGGCGUCCAAGGUGAAGGGGACAUGGAACCUUCACAACGAGACACAGUCGCUGAACAUCGACUUCUUCAUCCUGUUCAGCUCACUCUCCGGCAUCGUGGGUCAGCCCGGACAGACUGGUUAUGCCAGCGCAAACACUUUCCUCGACGCAUUCGUCAAGUUCCGGACAAGCAAGGGGCUACCUUGUACGUCGCUCAACAUUGGAGCCGUGGAGGGCGCAGGCUAUCUUGUCGAGGAAGAUGAGCUGCUCAAGAAGAUGAAGGGGACAGGCUGGCGGGCGGUGCAGGAGUCGGAGCUACUGGAGGUGUUGGGGACCGCCAUGCUUUCGGCAACAGCUAAAAUUGGAACUCAAUUCCAAGGGCCGGUCAAGGAAGAUGAUGCGCCAAAGUCGAGCCUCGUCAACCCAAACUCCACUCUCGUGGGCAUUGCAUCAGUAAUUCCGCUAAGCAGUCCCGACAGCAGCGCAAGGCUACGCAAAGACGUCCGUAUGUCUGUAUUCCGCAACAUCCGCAGCCAAGUCAAGGGUGGUGCCUCCAGCGACCGUUUGCGGCAAUUUCUGAGCGCAGCCAAGGCCAACCCAGAGACGCUCAACACACCGCAGUCAGUCGUCUUGUUAGCGCAGGAGAUUGGGAAGAAGCUACUGGGCUUGGUGCUGCGGUCUCUGGACGAUGAGAUUGAUGUAUCUCUGCCGCUUGCGCAACUAGGCCUGGACUCGAUGGUGGCGGUAGAGAUGCGCGCGUGGUGGAAGCAGAUGUUUGGGCUAGAUAUCAGCGUACUAGAAAUUCUGAGCAUGGGAACGAUCGAGAAGCUAGGCAAGCAGGCUGCUGAGUGCUUGCUGGGGCUGCAUAAGCAUCAGACCGACUUCAGGCAGGGGCGUGGUUAA